AUGGCGUUAUCCGAAAAGACACAGAAACAAAAAAAAAAGGAAAGAAAAUUUUAUAUAAAGAAGCCUAUCGUUAAUCUUGGCACUAAAGUCAACUUUCUUAUAGUUGAAGUUGACCAGACAACCCAAUCGAUGACUCGAAACAUACCCGUACACAUAGGGAAUGGGACACGCCCGGUUUCUUGUCCGUUUUGGGAUUUUGAUGACGUUUCCCCUUGUGGGAGAGAAAAAUACAUCAACACAGGAUUCCCUAUCUUCCUCUCAGCAUUGGCGAUUCUAUUUGUAAGUUAUAAGACCUUCUGCCAUUACUACUACUUUAACAAACUGGGACACCACAAGGAGGACAUUGUGGAGAAUGUUCUUACUUUGCACGUGGGGGAUCAGGGUGAGCAUGCCCUUGAAAACCAACCUUUACUCGGGAGUACAACUUCUAAUGGCUACAGUGCAGUGAACAACGCUUCUGACAAGGAUGGGAACGCCACUCUUAAUGACCGUCAUUUUUCAAUCGAGAAUAUCGACCUUACGAAAUUAGACGGUACACCUCAUGGUAAACCUCAGGUGAUAAAACGUGAGUUCAUCGAAAAGUCAAGAGUGAUAGUAGAGGCGAUACUGGUGCUUUCCCAGUUGUUUAUUCACAUUUGUUUGCUGGUGCGCACACCAGUGUAUAGAGAUUUCAGUAAAAUGGCUAACAUAGCACAAUUACUUUUAUGGGUUGUGAUUACUACAAUUGUCACUUUGCGUCUUGUUAACGUAAAUCAACAAUACGAAUGGAUUACCAAAUAUCCUGGGAAUCUGUGGUUGCUAAGUUUCACGUUGUACGUGAUGCUCUUCCUGUCCUCUAUUUUGCCUUUCAGAUCCAUAUUGAUCGGUCACAUUAAAUCUGGGCUGUUGAAGAAAUACUACUCGUCGCAAUUCUGGAUAAACCUGUCGUUGUUCAUGUUGUUGUUUUUAUCUCCAAUAAAAAAUACUAAUGUGGUUUUGUACCAAACUGAUGAUGGUGCAAUCGCAUCGCCAGAACCACUCACUUCCGUGGCAUGUUUCGUCUGCUGGGGUUGGUUUGACAGAUUUGUAUGGACCACCAAUCGCCGUGUUAUCGAGAAUAAAGACGUUUGGGGGCUGAUAAUGGAAGACUACUCGAUCUUUGUGGUCAAGAAGUACAAGAAAUUUACUUCCCACAUGUCCAGUCAAAGGGGUCUAGCAUACAAAUUGUUAAAGUACUUUUUCAACUACUUGAUCCUUCAGGCCUUUUGGGCCUGUCUCGGAGGUUUCUUCUCCUUUGUGCCAACCAUCCUACUGAAAAGAAUUCUAGAAUACGUUGAGGAUCAAUCCAGUGCCCCUGCCAAUCUAGCAUGGUUUUACGUCAUCUCAAUGUUUGCAUGCAAAAUCAUCGUUGCUCUAGCCGACGGUCAAGCAUUGUUUUUUGGUAGAAGGGUGUGCAUUAGAAUCAAAAGCAUUAUUAUCUCUGAGAUAUACUCUAAGGCCUUGAAGAAAAGGGUUAGCAUGGCUCCAUCGAAGAAUAGUGCGGAUUCCCCUAACGCGGAGAACGAGUUUGAAGACCCGCAAGAAAGAAAUGAGGAGGAAAGUAUUAACGCUGAUGAAGAGUCCGGUUCAAACGCGAAACUAGGUACAAUUAUUAAUCUGAUGGCUAUUGACGCUUACAAAAUUUCAGAAAUCUGUGCGUACCUUCAUUUCUUUGCAGAAGCUAUCGUUAUGACGGUCAUUGCUUUAGUUCUACUAUAUCGUUUGAUUGGUAAUGCUGCUAUUCUUGGUACGGUGAUCAUUCUUGUUUUGUUACCUGUUAACUUCAAACUUGCCACCUUGUUGGGUGAUUACCAAAAGCUAACAUUAGGAGAGACGGACAAGCGUAUUCACAAAUUAAACGAGGCCUUACAGUCUAUUAGAAUUAUCAAAUUCUUUUCGUGGGAAAAUAAUUUUGAAAGAGAUAUUAUGGAAAUUAGAGAAAGAGAGCUUCAAAUGUUAAUUAAGAGAACAUUAGCUUGGGUAAUGGGUGGUUUUGUGUGGUUCGUGACGCCAAGUAUUGUCACCACCGCGUCGUUUGCAUGGUACAUUUAUGUUCAAGGUGAAGUCUUAACGACGCCUGUUGCUUUCACAGCUCUUUCGCUGUUUACUUUAUUGAGGGACCCAUUAGACAGAGUCUCCGAUAUGUUGAGUUUUGCUAUUCAAUCAAAGGUCUCGUUGGAGAGAGUUGGAGCCUUUUUAAGCGAAGCCGAAACUGAGAAAUACGAGCAGUUGACGGUGGAUAAUGAGGGUAAGAAGCUUGCAUUUGACAACUCCACUACUUCCUGGGAUACGAAUGGUUCCGGUUUCAAGCUGAGAAACUUGAAUAUAGAUUUCAAAGUUGGUAAACUGAACGUGGUGAUUGGAGCUACAGGCUCUGGUAAAACAUCGCUAUUAAUGGCUCUGUUAGGAGAAAUGCACAUUUGUCAAGGCCGCAUUAUUGUUCCUUCUUUGGAACCAAGAAGCAGUUUAACCGCGAACUCAGACGGUUUCACAAAUUCUAUAGCGUAUUGCUCUCAAGCUGCGUGGUUAUUGAACGACACCGUCAGAAACAACAUUCUGUUUAACUCAAGUUUUGAUGAAAACAGAUAUCAUAAAGUUGUUGAAGCUUGUGGCUUAAAACGGGAUUUUGAUAUCUUAAAGGCUGGUGAUUUGACAGAGAUUGGUGAAAAGGGUAUCACGCUAUCCGGGGGUCAAAAGCAAAGAAUAUCCCUGGCAAGAGCCUUGUACUCCGAUUCAAAACACUUGCUGUUGGAUGACUGUUUAAGUGCAGUUGAUUCUCACACUGCAUCCUGGAUUUAUGAUAAUUGUAUCACUGGACCAUUGAUGGUGGGAAGAACCUGCAUUUUGGUAUCUCAUAAUAUUGCCCUAACUUUGAGAAAUGCCGAACUGGUUGUUAUUCUCGAAGAUGGGAGAGUCAAGGACCAAGGUGAUCCAUUGAAUUUAUUUGACAAAGGGCUUUUGGGUGAAGAUGAAUUAGUAAAAAGCAGCAUCUUAUCUAGAAACGCCUCAAUGGCAACUAUUGGUAAUGCGAAAAAUGCAACAAAUGGUAAAUCAGCGUCAAAUGGUCCAAAUAAGAAGACCGAAAGAGAGGAAAGGAGUGAUGCGGAUCGCACAGAAGAAGGUAAACUGAUCGAUGAGGAAAAGAAGGCCGGAGGGGUUGUUAGCCCAGAAGUGUACAAGUGGUACAUUCGGAUUUUUGGAGGCCUAAAAGUGAUAACCUUCAUGGCAUCCCUUUUCGUUUUAGCACAGAUUGCUGACAUUGCUCAAUCUUACUGGGUUCGUGGAUGGGUUGCUAAUAACACUGUUCGCGAAAUGUACACCUAUUUGAAAGACUUAUUCCCCAUUAGAAGCUCGGUCAACACACAUGUGACCAAAUUUUUGCCCUUAUCUUCUGUCGAUGCCACCAUCUCUUCAAAAUUCUUGUCUAAUUCACGGACCUCUAGUGAACACUCCACGAAGUACUAUUUGAUCAUGUAUUUCAUGAUUGGACUAACAGGGGCCACGGUCGGGUCAUUAAAAACGUUCCUGACUUAUAUUUUUGGUAUCAAUGCAUCUCGAAAGAUCUUCGCUAUGUUAUUGAACAAAGUGAUCCAUUCCAAAUUAAGGUUUUUCGACACGACCCCCAUCGGAAGGAUAAUGAACAGAUUUUCAAAGGACAUUGAAUCUGUCGACCAGGAACUAACACCAUACCUAACUGGUGCGUUUUACUCGUUCGUGGAAUGUUUCAGCACUAUUAUAUUGAUCUCUUGGAUUACCCCACAGUUUUUCGUUGUGGCAAUUCUAAUCAGUAUAAUGUACUACCUAGUGGGUUACUUUUACAUGGCCGGUUCACGUGAACUAAAACGAUUAGAUUCUAUUACCAAAUCUCCGAUCUAUCAACAUUUUUCAGAAACUCUUGUGGGUGUUACGACCAUCCGAGCCUUUGGUGAUGAAAUGAGAUUUCUGAAGGAAAACCUAUUCAAAAUCGACGAGAAUAACAAACCAUUCUUCUAUUUAUGGGUUGCCAACCGUUGGCUAUCUUUCCGUAUUGAUAUGAUUGGUUCCUUUGUUGUUUUCGGUGCCGGUGUUUUCAUCCUCGCAGAUAUCAAGAAUAUCGAUUCGGGUAUGGCUGGUAUUUCUUUGACUUACGCCAUCUCAUUUACUGAAGGUGCCCUUUGGCUCGUUAGAUUCUAUUCAGAAGUCGAAAUGAAUAUGAAUUCUGUGGAAAGAAUCAAAGAAUAUAUGAGUGUAGAGCAGGAGCCCUAUGACAUAAAAGACGAAAUUGUAAGAACUCCUCCUACCGUAUGGCCCGAUGAAGGUAAAAUUGAAGUCAAUGAUCUAUCCUUACGAUAUGCCGCAAAUUUACCGCGUGUGAUAAAAAACGUAUCAUUUACGGUAGAACCAAACUCAAAGGUUGGUGUAGUGGGCAGAACAGGUGCAGGUAAGUCUACUAUCAUCACCGCUCUAUUCAGAUUUUUGGAUCCAGAAAGUGGGUACAUCAAGAUAGAUAACAUGGAUAUUACGACGAUUCCAUUAACCAGGCUACGUCGUGCUAUCACCAUCAUCCCGCAGGACCCUACGUUGUUUGCGGGAACUUUGAAAUUCAACCUUGAUCCUUACGACGAAUAUAAUGACAAGGAUAUUUUUGCGGCCUUGACACGUGUGAAUUUGGUAUCAGGCGAAGAGCUAAAUGGAGAAACUACUGCUGUGUCAGACCAAGGGUCUAUGCACUCGAACAACGAGAAUAGAUUCUUGGAUUUGAGCAAUGAAAUUACAGAAGGUGGAGGCAACUUAUCACAAGGUCAACGUCAAUUGAUAUGUCUUGCACGUUCUUUGCUGAGAAACCCAAAAAUUCUUCUGCUUGAUGAGGCAACCGCUUCGAUCGAUUAUGAGUCCGACGCUAGAUUACAAGCCACAAUCAGAGGUGAAUUCGGUAACAGUACGAUUUUGACAAUUGCACACAGAUUGCGAUCAGUGAUAGAUUAUGAUAAGAUACUUGUCAUGGAUGCGGGUGAAGUUAUAGAAUAUGAUCAUCCUUACUCUCUUCUGUUGAACAGAAACAGCGAGUUCUACAAAAUGUGUGAAUCUUCGGGUGAACUCGACACACUUACAGAAAUGGCAAAGGAAGCCUUUGUUAAAAAGCUAAACGCUAAAUAA